AAGAGUUGGAGCAGUCGAGUUCUCAAUCUGUUCAACUUGUAAGAUCUUCUGGCAAACGUCAAAAGAAGUAUGCAGUGAGAAACUUGCAGCUUCAAUUCAAAACCAAGCUCCCCGCUUUAUUCUUUACUGGAGAGAAACUAAAAGGAGAGCACGGCAUCCCCAUUGCUGUCGAGUUAGUCAAUGCAGACACAGGCAAUAUUGUCAAAUCAAGUCCAGAGUCCUCUGUUAAGUUAAAAGUUGUGGUGCUUCAAGGUGAUUUCAGGACAGAUGAUGAUCAUAACUGGACCCAGGAAGAAUUUGAGAAAUCCACAGUGAUAGAACGCAAAGGGAAGAGGCCUCUGCUUAAUGGAAACCUUCUAGUGAUUCUUGAUGGAGGCACUGGGGUGCUGGGUGAGUUAGAGUUCACCGACAAUUCAAGCUGGACUAGCAGUGGAAAAUUCAGGAUAGGAUUACAGGUGCUGCCUGGACAUUGUGAGAAUAUUCGUGAAGCGAUAACAGAGGCGUUCGUCGUGAAUGAGAAUAGAGGAGAGUAGCAAACAAGAAACAUUUUCCACCUGCACCUGGCGAUGAUGUCUGGAGAUUGAAAAAUAUCAGUAGGGAUGGAACAUUUCACAAGAAGCUGAGUGCAGCAGGAAUAUGCAACGUGGGACAGUUUUUACGGUUACUCAACACGGACCCCGAGAAUCUGAGAGGGAUUCUCGGAAAGAAGAUGACAGGGAAAAAGUGGGAUAAACUCCGAGCACAUGCAGAAACUUGCUCUCUGAAUGGGAACCCUCCCAUGUCUCUUGAUAAUGAAAGUGAUCAUCAAAAUGGCCAUCAACUCACUGACCAUACUGCAGACCUGGUGCAUCGUGUUGCUGAGAAAUUUUCUCUCGAGCAUAAGAACCAUGGAGGUACAAUCGGGAAAGGCUCAAGCUCUUUUUCAUCUGAAGUCUCUGAACGACAAACUGAAAUUUCAGCCCCUGUUCAACAUAAUAUGGCUCCAAGUACCUGUGCUCCUCCAGUUGGUCCAGAAGCUCCUCCAGCAAAUGCGAGCUCCACUGCUGAAGGACAUACUGGUGUAACUUUGGCAUUGCCAGCAGUGUCACAAAAUACCAAUUUUGGAAAUGCCUUGGAGCAUUCAGCUGAUCACACUUUUCAUCUCGCUGGACAUCAGCUCCUAUCUGCUGAGGGUUCUGAUGUUCUGUGUUCUCCAGGAGAUAUUUCUACUGUCGAAUUGCCAAUAAUGCCACCUCACAUCAAUUCACAAUGUGCCAUGCCUAGCCAAAUGAUCAGUUCUUCAAGCCAAAUGGUCUAUGACAACGUUCCCUUCUCUGAACCACUCCUUGCCUCGAUACGAAGCUUCCAAUCUAGUAGUACAUUUCCUCCUCUUGAAGGCAAUCACGUGAUGGAAGGAACCUGACCAAUCAUUUCCGAUGAUAGUUUUAACUGGUUGGAUAUUUUGAUGCAGCCCAUAACAGAUGAUGCCUCAACAGACUUUCAGACCCCACCAGAUGAUAUGUAAACUUUUAAGAUCAGGGGAGUUACUUCCUAUUCGCAUAUUAGCUGUUCGAAGAUCAUUAUCUGUCAGCUAGCGGUAGUAGAGAUGUUGUGGAAGAUCUCUUCUCGGUGUGCAUGCCCCUCCUUUUAUGACUUUCGAAAUGUCUCGAGGUGAUAUACUAGAAAUAGUACUGUUUAAUUGGAGUGUCUCCCUCUCCACUAUUUCAAAACGCGCUGUGAGUAGCCAAAUGAUCGAUUCU